AUGGCUCGAACUAAUGUUGAGAACAGGAAGCGCAAGAGAUCUGGAGCCCCAGAUCCUCGUAGUAAUUUGCCAGAUGAAGAAAUAACGGAGCCCUCAUCUAACGACGAGGGAAGCGAUGGAGAGGCGUCCUUGGGUGGAAACGAAAACGAAGAGAUAGAUUCAGAGGAGGAGUUCCAGCACGAAAAUGCGGCGGACAAGAGACGUCGGUUGGCCAAACAGUACCUGGAAAAUUUAAAGGCAGAUGCCAACGAAGUAGUUCUGCAGGGCGAAGCUCGCGUACAGGAGGAUGAAGCGCAGAUCAGCGAUUAUAACAACUUUGAUGCACGCGAUCUCGACCGCGAAAUUGUCGCCUCAAGAUUGAAGCAGGACGUCGCGGAGCAGCACGGCCGAAUCUAUCGUUUUAUAGGUGACAAGUUGCUGAUUAGCGAGGCAAAGAUCUCUUUUAGCAGGGUCGGUGAGAAGAAUCUUACUGCAAUCAGUUGCUACCAGCCCGUUAUCAACAAAUUCUCUCAUGAGGAAUCCCAGAACAAGAGCAAGGGGCGUAUGUUUGCCUAUACUGUGAGCAAGGACAUGUCUUUAACGAAGUACGACGUGACCGAUUUCAACGCGCGGCCCAAGAAACUGAAGUUCGCCAAGGGCGGCCGCCGCUUUAUUCCUGAAAGCAACUUCGAGUUCGAGAACACUACUGAAGGCCACUACGAUGAAAUUUUGACUUUAGCGGCCUCGCCGGACGGCCGCUACGUUGUCACUGGUGGGAGAGACAGAAAACUGAUUGUCUGGAGCACGGAGUCCUUGGCGCCAGUGAAGGUUAUCCCCACCAAAGACAGAAGAGGUGAAGUUUUGUCCGUUGUCUUCCGCAAGAACUCUGACCAACUCUACGCUGCAUGCGCGGACUACAAGAUUAGAACCUACUCUAUCAAUCAGUUUUCUCAACUCGAGAUUUUGUAUGGCCAUCAGGACCUUGUGGUGGGUAUUUCUGCACUAGGAAUGGAGAGAUGCGUGACAGUUGGGUCUCGUGACCGUACCGCGAUGCUUUGGAAGAUCGCCGACGAGACUAGGCUAACUUUUAGAGGUGGUGAUGACCCGGAGAGACUUGCGAAGAAAUGGAUCAAACAGCAUACUGAGAAGACUGAGGAUGGCAGAGAGAUUCCACCCAAUGACAGCGAAGUUCCCGAGUUUUACGGAGAAGGAAGCAUUGACUGCGUAACGAUGAUAGACGACUCGCACUUCAUAACAGGCUCUGAUAACGGCAAUAUUUCCCUGUGGUCCUUGUCGAAAAAAAAGCCAGUCUUCACUGAGCGUGUUGCUCACGGUAUUGUCCCACCCCCCUCUCCAUUACAAAUUUCGGCAGAGAAGGACGAGGCAAAACGUGAAGCGCAACUACAAAACAAACAAAUAGCACAGCCACACUGGGUGACAGCCCUGUACGCAAUUCCUUACUCCAAUGUCUUCAUCUCAGGAUCAUGGGAUGGGAAACUCAGGGUAUGGAAAAUUACCGAGAACGUGAGAGGGUUUGAACUAUUAGGCGAGCUUCCUGGUUGUCACGGCGUCGUAACACACAUCCAAGCAGUCGAGAGCGGUAAGCACGGCAGAGAGACUUUUCGCGUACUUGCGAGCGUUAGCAAAGAGCAUAGACUCGGUAGAUGGAUGACCAAAAUUCCCGGCGCAAGAAACGGGAUAUUUUCGGCGACAAUUGAGCAAACCGGCUUCUAA